AUGGCCAUCAAGGUGGUGCCCCUGGACGUGGCCUGGGACUCCUUUGAUGACCAGUACCAGGGCUGUGGCCCUGCCCUGAAUGCAAAGUGGUCAUCCCUCUACAACUCCAAGUCCCAGAAGAAUCGUCCCUUUGCCUGGGGCCGUGGCUCUCAUGGCCUACACAUCCUGUACAUGUACGGGGACUUCAAUGCAGUCGUGUGCGCUGCCGGGCGCUCCCGCCAGGAAUACCAGAACAACUUGUGCUUCAAAACGCUGCAUUUCCUACUGACCCAGGCCCUGGUGACGCUGAGGCAGGGUCAGAACAGGCAGUGUCACCAUGUGUUCUGGGGCAUGCGUGAUGUUCAUUUCCAGGCAUGGCAAGGCCAGAGCAUCCGGUUUGGUCAAUUCACAUCGAUGUGGCUGCGUAAAGAGAUUGCUCUGCACUUUGGGACAGACACAAUUUUCGAGGUGCACACGUGCCAUGGCGUGGACAUCCAGUGGUUCUCCAUGUAUCCAGGGGAGGAGGAGGUGCUGAUCCCACCAUAUGAGACCUUUGAGGUCACCAAAGUCACCCAGAAUGGGAAGAGGACAUGGAUCAGUCUCCGUUCUGCUGGGACUUUCAGCAAAUAUAACUGCGAGUGGCACUGA